GCGGGGAACCAUCUGCUCGGAUAGAGCUACUCCCUCAGUCCCUAUCCUCAAAUGAAUGACAGCCCUGAUAUAUACUAGCAUAUGACUGCGAUCACUGGGAAACCCCAACCGAAAAUCACUUCAGCUUCCAAGCAAGACUAGUACACAGUUAGUCGUAUGCCAUGGCCGAGUCACGUUGGAUAGAGAUCAAUUGCGAUAUGGGGGAAGGCAUUGGGAGAUGGAAGAUGGGCCCAGACGAAGAUCUGAUGCGAUACGUAGACGUCGCCAAUAUCGCUUGCGGCUUCCACGCCGGUGACCCAUCAACCAUGGUUCGUACAGUUCGUCUCGCCAAGCAGCACGGCGUACGUGUCGGCGCUCACCCCGGAAUGCCGGAUCUUCUCGGCUUUGGUAGGCGACGUAUGGCCGUUGCCCCCGAUGACAUGUACGCGUUAGUACUGUACCAAGUUGGAGCCCUCGCCGGCAUACUCGCGGCAGAGGGCGUCCCUCUAAACCAUGUGAAGCCGCACGGUGAGCUGUAUUUCUACGUGCAGCGGGAUGCCGACAUCCGCGAUGCCGUGCUCCGCGCAGUGAAGGCUUUCAACGUACCUAUCUACAGUCUUCCCACGAAGCAUAUGGUGGAGGACUGCAAGCGGAUUGGAAUUAAACUUAUCCCUGAGUUCUACGCGGACCUCAACUAUAACAACGAGGGGCAGCUCAUGUCGGUGGCGGAAUCAGUUCCUGCUACCCCUGAAUUGGUUGCUAAACGGAUUCUCGCAUUUGCGGGUAAGGGUCAGGUGGAAAGUAAGUCUGGGGAUAUGGUGGAAAUAGCGGUCGAUCGGCAAGGGUUUAGUAUAUGCAUUCAUUCCGACUUGCCGGGUGCGUUGGAUAAUGCUGCGGCGGCAAGAGAGGCUGUCAAGGCGGAAUUGAGAGGGUAAUAAUUACUUACCUACCUAGGUACUCAGUGUAUGAUACACAGAAAAUGAAGAGAUGGAAGGGAACAUGUGUAAGAAAUGGAUUGACAACUUGGAAAUCAGGGGAUAGUUUUCAGGUCUAGGAAGGAUCUUUCCUUGAAUUGGCUUAUGCACGAAUGUUCAUACGGAAACAGCAAGCUUGUUCAUGUUAUCUCUCAUACAUUACUAGGUAGUUCACCUGGGCAGUCAUUAGCAAGAUCAACUCGUCAAUGAUGGCAAGGACAUUGGAAGAUACAAUAUGGAAGUGACAUCCUUGAAACUGG